AUGUGGAACACAGAUCCCUCAUCUCACCUGGUCGCCCAUCAGCUGAUGACACGUCUGAAUUUUCUGCUGGGAGAGCUCAUCCGUUGCUCACCACCACCUCCCAUGGAGGACCGGAGCCCCCAGAGGUCCACAGUAACCAUUCAGAGGGUCAGGAGUCCAUGCCUAACUCUGAAAAGCAGCACAGCAUCUUCCCGCACUACAAAGAGCCCCUGCUCUUUGGGCCAGACGGCUCCGGGCACCUCCCCACAAGGGAGUGGGGACAGCGGCAGCAGUGCCCCAGUGAUCAACCCGUUGCAGGAUGAAGAACGCAGUGACAUCAAGCUCCAGCAGAGUAAAGAUGGCCGGCUCAGUGUCAAAGAGAGCCGCCUCAGUGUCAAAGAGAGUCGUCUCAGUGUCAAAGAGAGCAGCCAGCCCAACACCCGUGCUGACAGCGGCAGCAGCAGCAGCAUUAGCGAUGGAAGCACGAGCGUUUCGCACACCUUCCUUUUGUCACCUCCUCCUCCCUCCUCUCCUGCCCCUGAGGCCACCCGUAGCAGUGCAGCGAUGCCUAGCCAUGCCCCUCCCUCCAGGCCUGGACCUCCGUCACCUGCGCCCACUCCAGCAACAGGCACAGCCACAUCCUACAGCAGUACUCUAGUCAUGCCACGGCCGAAAUCAGUUGCUGCCAUGAGCUCCACCAAGUUGGAGGAGUUGGUUUAUCUGGAUGACCAAUGGAAGGCUCCCCAGCGCUGCUCCAUACGCCAUGGCUCACAAAAGGGGGGCAGAGGCCCAGAGACCAAAGCCCGCCUCACUCCUCACAAGCCUGCUGAGAUCAUGUUGAAGCCCCUCCUCUUUGAGGUGCCCAGCGUUAGCAAGGAUACCGCCAUAUUCGUGGGCCGUGAUUGGCUGUUUCAGCUGCUGGAGGAGGAGCUGCGGGGCGAGGGAGAGACCAGGCUUGGCCGAGGGGGGGUGGUCAUCGUUGGAGAUGUGGGCUUCGGCAAGACGGCCAUCGUGUCCCGGCUGGUCGGCCUCAGUUGCCACGGCGGCAGGAUGACACAGAUCGCCUCUGCCAGCCCAGGCUCGCUGCCAAGGACCACUCAGGAUCAAGGUUCCACGUCCUCUGGUCCCACCAACAACAAAGUCCUGUUCAGAAGCAGAAGCAGCAGCUGUCCAGGGUCUCCAGAGCUGCAACGACAUCGAGAGGAGGCGGUGAAAGGCCUGGCCAGCAAGGUGGUGGCCUAUCACUACUGCCAGGCCGACAACACCUACACGUGCCUGGUGCCGGAGUUUGUGCACAGCGUGGCGGCCCUGCUGUGCCGGUCUCCCCGGCUGGAGGCCUACAGGGAGUGGCUGCUCUCCAAGCCCCAGCUGCAGGGCCUGCUGAGCCUGCGCUCCUGCGUGCAAGACCCCGUCGCCGCCUUCAGGAGAGGCGUGCUGGAGCCCCUCGCCAACCUCCGGGAAGAGUCGAAGAUAGCUGAGGAGGAGUGCAUCAUCCUGGUGGACGGCCUGAACGAGGCCGAGUUCCACAAGCCGGACUACGGGGACACCAUCGCCUCCUUCAUCACCAAGGUCAUCUCAAGGUUCCCCUCCUGGCUCAAGCUGGUCGUCACCGUCAGGAAAAGUCACAGAGAGGUCACCAGACUGCUGCCCUUCCCUGAGAUCUCCCUAGAUGACAUCAGCAGCAACAAGAAGCUGGCUUCCGACCUGAGUGCAUACGUCCGCUGCCGUAUGGACAUCAUCAUUCCCUCCAUCGCCACCAAUGUGUCACCCAGCGGUCGCUCGGAACCUCCAGUCUCUCAGAGUUCCAUGUCCCGUUUGGCCACCCAUUUGGUGAGCUGCAGCCAGGGCUCCUUCUUGUACCUGAAGUUGGCACUGGACCUGUUGGAGCGUGGCCACCUGGUCACCAAGGGUGCUGGCUUCAAGGAGGUGCCUGUCUCGCUGUCCGAGCUGUAUCUGCUGCUGUGCAGACGGCACUUUGUCGGUGGAAGCGCCACCUUCCAACGGGUAUCGCAGCUGCUGAGCGUGGCACUUGCCUCAUUGCACCCGCUGUCAGACGAACAGAUGUUCCAGGCACUGAACGCAGGGCAGGUGCACGGCAACCUGGACUGGGCCGACUUCCAGCAGCGCAUGGAGGCACUGGUGCCUUUCCUGGUGGCGCGGCGGGACCACACGCGCAUGUUUUGCCAUCCAUCCUUCCGCGAGUGGCUGGUGUGGAGGGCCGAUGGGGAGAGCACUGACUUCCUCUGUGAUCCCAGGAGUGGGCAUGCGCUCAUGGCCUUCAUGCUGAGUCGCCAGGGGGGUAAACUCAACCGUCAGCAAACCAUGGAACUAGGCCACCACAUCCUCAAAGCACACAUAUUUAAGGGCUUGAGUAAGAAGACUGGAGUGUCCUCCAGUGUGCUGCAGGCUCUGUGGGUCAGCUGGAGCUUCAGCAGUGACGGUCUCUCUGCAGCACUGGGCUCCCUCAGGAACCUCUACACACCCAAUGUCAAGGUGAGUCGCCUGCUGAUCCUGAGUGGAGCGAGUGUGUGCCACCAGACUGAUGUGCAGGGGGCGGCAACGGUCCUGUGUGUGCAGUCAUACCUCGGCCAUCUGGAGAUGGUGUCACUGCUGCUAGAAUCCGGGGCGCCCGUUGAUGGGGUGUCGGAGGAUGGCAUGACGCCACUCUGUUUCGCCUCCACUGCCGGACACAAAGAGGUGGUCAUGCUACUGUGCAAGAAGGGAGCAAAGGUGGAGCACAUGGACAAGAGUGGCCAGUGUGCACUGGUGCAUGCUGCCCUAGGUGGCCAUAUGGACGUCAUCCAGCACCUCUUGCAGCAGCCCUGGGGCCCAGCCGACUCACAGGAGCAGUCCAGCCUGAGAGAAGAGGUCCUACAGCAGGCUUUAAUUGCAGCCUCCAGCAUGGGACACACCCAGGUGGUGAAGAGCUUGCUUGCCCCAAAUAAUGAUGACCUCAGAGUUCAGAUUGAUGGAUGUGACUCUCUAUGGGGUGAGACAGCACUGACUGCAGCAGCAGCACAGGGUAAGCUGGAUGUGUGUUCCUGCCUACUGGAGCAAGGUGCCACCGUAACACAGCCCAACCGGAGGGGGGUAUUGCCCAUUUGUACUGCAGUUCGACAUGGACACACACAGGUCGUGGACGUCUUGCUGCAACAAGGUGCAGAGCUCCAUACCAAUGACAAACAUGGCCGCACUGUGCUCAUGGUAGCUGCCAGUGAGGGCCACCUCAGCACUGUAAACUUCUUGCUGGACAAAGGAGUUGCACUCACUGAGAUUGAUAAGGAGGGGCUGAGUGCGCUGAGCUGGGCCUGUCUGAAGGGUAACGGGAGUGUGGUCGAGUCACUGGUGGAGAGAGGCGCUGCUGUAAACCAUGCGGACAAACACGGACGUACUCCACUUGAUCUGGCUGCCUUCUUUGGGGAUGCCGAGAUUGUGCGUUUCCUUGUGGAGCGUGGUGCCAUGAUGGAGCAUGUGGACCUGAGUGGCAUGCGGCCUCUGGACUGGGCCAUCAGCGGCAGGAAGGCGUCUGUGGUGGCCGUCCUCCUCAAGAAGGGAGCCGAGCUGGGCUACAGGACUUCUCCCUACAAUAAAGCAGGGAAUGCUGCCUGGGCGAUGGCCACGUCCAAGCCUGACAUUCUCCUGAUUCUGCUGCAGAAGCUGGUGGAGGACGGCAACCUACUUUAUAAGAAAGGGAAACUGAAGGAGGCUGCCCAGAGGUAUCAGUAUGCUCUCAGGAAGUUUCCCCGCGAUGGCUUCAGUGACGACCCCAAGGCCUUUCGAGAACUCCGGGUCUCUAUAUACCUCAGCCUGUCUCGUUGUCGUCGCAAGACUAAUGACUUCGGCAUGGCCGAGGAGUUUGCGUCUAAGGCCCUCGAACUGAAGCCCAAAUCCUACGAGGCGCUCUAUGCCCGAGCUAGAGCCAGGAGAAGCAGCAGGCAGUUUGCUGGGGCUCUGGCAGACCUGCAUGAGGCUUCACGCUUGAGUCCCAAUAACCGGGAGAUCAGACGCCUGCUGCACCGCGUGGGGGAGGAGUGUACGCAGGUACAGCACACUUUCAAUGAGGUAUACUGCCCACUACCCAAACACCCUUUACCCCAAGGACUCAAGGCUCACUGCUGCUGCAUUCAAACACACCCUGGGGCUGCUGAGAACUCCCCCAAGCUGCACAGGGGACAUAAAAAACACGGCUGCACCCUGGCUGAUGCCAUGACACCACCCAGCAGUGUUGCAGCCAAGGCUGCUGAUUGCUUUGAAAUGGGUACGUGUGGGGUGGUUGGUGAGAGCAACUGUGGUGCUGGAGGUAACGUAUGGUUGUCCAGUUCACCCAGCAGCCGUUCCCAGCUAUCAUCAUCCACUGGGGCGCUUUCUGACACUGGAUACAAGGGCACAGCGGGCUCGGACAAGGCGACCAAGAGUGAUAGCAGUGGCGGGAUAGGUGAGCAUAAGCCACGGCCCUUUAUGGGCGUCAUGGAUAAGAACGCCCGUGUCCAACUUCAGCUGCAGCAACAGCAUCACCAUGGCAACCUCUUGCAUCACAAUGGCCACAGCUGGAAUUCCUACCCAGCAGAGAGCUACAUUGGACACACAUCUGCCAGCAGGCCUGGGACGGACUGUGACCUGCUAUAUCCUCAAACAGGAAGCACUUACCAUGAGCCGUCUAUGGGUCACUCCGUGGGGCAGCAGCACAAUGGCUCACACGUGGUAGCGGAUGGCGACAUCAUGCACCCUGGGCUGACCUUUCAGCAUCACUAUGGCAACGACAGCAACCUAAAGCAGGUCAGCUUGGCCCGGGACAACCCCAUACACAUGAGCUCCAUCAGGCCCAAGCGCUCCUUCAUCGAGUCUAACGUGUAA